AUGCACACGUUUUGGGGCUUCGGGUUCUCCAGCGAGGAGGACUCGACUGUAGAGGCCUUGCCACCGGAGCCAGCAGUUGCCAAGCGCUAUGAGACGACGCCAGCUUCCUCCCUCGGGCCUCCGCAAAAGAGCCGUAGCUGGGCCAGUAGCGUCCUUGAAAGCUUCCGCAUGGACACCAGGUUCGAGAGCCGAGCAACGAAAUCGCCGGGUGAAGAAGAUCUCGAGAGUUCCAGCCUGGAAGCCUUUCGCAGUCUGACGCGUCGUGCACAUCAACUCCUCGCCCGGCAGCACCAUCGGGCGUUGGUGAGCAGGAGGAGGGCGUCUCAUGAGAAUUCCUACGCCACAGAGCGGCUGAUCUUGGCCGAGGCUGAGGCUGAUGAAUUGGAGGAGGUCCUGAAACAGCACAGUCGAGCUUUGGGAUCUUUGGGAUCUGAGGAGCACGGCAGUCCCUCUGACAUCUGUGACACGGAGCGGCUCACUAUGUCCGGUUGGUCAACUUCUGCGGCAUCUUCUGCAACGAAGCCCACGGAGCUGCUUUGCAGAUGGGAGUCCGAAGAUACGGAGGCACGGCAAGAGCUGGAGUCCCUUCAGACAGUGAUGUCGCAGACCGCUGCCGAGCUUCGCUCCGGCUUGCUGCACCUGCCCUCUUCGCCAGAUUGCGAUUUCGCCUCUGGUCAUGGCAACGGCGGCCUUUGCCGAGUUUUGUCGGCCGCCCUGCCCCAGCUCGUGCAAAGUUGCGCAGAUGCCAUGGAAGUGGGCAGCAGCGAAGAUGACUGGGCAGGAGCCGAGGCCAGCCUCUUCGAAGCGCUGGUGCAAGUGACGUCUCUUGCACCGUGUGAGUCGGCCUCCGACUUGGAUUUCCAGCUCCAAGAAGACGCCUUUGGCUCGAGCCAUCAGCUGAGCGCCAGCCCCGAGGAGCAGCGCGACCAAGCGGCCCUCCAAAAGCUGCUGGGGAGGUUGGAUGCGCUGAGCCAGCAACUUGAGCUGGAAGCCCCCAAACACCGGAGCAGCCAGAACCAGAACGCUUCUUCGGGUCCGGGCAGCGGCCAGCCCACGAACGCAGCCUCGAACAGUUUCGCCUCUGCGACUCGCCUGGCGGACCUCGAAGCCCAGGUGCAGAGCCUCGUGGCCGAGAACCAGGCUCUGGAAGAGCAGCUGUCGGGGCGCUUCUCCGAACCAGAGCCGCCGAGUAAGGCCCUCCCAGCUUUGGAUCGGGUGGAGCUGCCAACCGGGCCAGCCCUGCCACGUGACGCAGGCCCUUGA